AUUGAUCAAAAAGUGUCCAAUGAUACUCCAAUCCAAAGUGGAAGACAAUCUCAAGCCCAAGAUAGAGUUCCUCACUCAAAAUGGCUUUGUGGGUACGCUUCUUGCUGACUUUAUUGUAUUAAAUCCUGUCAUUUUGAGGCGAGGCUUGAGUUCUCAUAUAAAACCAUCGUUUCAAUUUCUGAAUACAUAUCUUGAAAACAAUGAGAAUGUCAUGGCGGCUGUUAAGCGGUCUUUGUGGCUUUUAAAUUAUGAUUUUACCGGGAUUUUGCAACCAAAUAUUGAUUUUUUGAUAAGGGAAGGAGUGCCUUUACAUAGCAUAUCGAAACUGAUUCUAACGCAGCCUAGAACAAUAAUGCGGAAAGUCAAUAGGUUGGAAGAUGUAGCACAAACUGUCAAAAAAUUGGGUCUAGAACCGGCUUCUUCGGUGUUUAUGCAUGCUCUUAGAGUAUUGGUUUCCAUGAAUGAGUCAACUUGGAACAGAAAAAUGGAAGUGUUGAAGAGCUUGGGGUGGUCAGAAGAGGAUAUUUGGUUGGUUUUUAAGAACAACCCGCAAUGUUUGGCUUGCUCAGAGGAGAAAAUGAGGAGUGCAAUGGAUUUCUAUGUGAAUACUAUGGAGAUGGAUAUAGAGUCUAUAAUUCGUUACCCCAGAUUUCUUAUGUAUGCGGUUGAUAAAAGGCUUCGUCCAAGGUAUAAUGUCUUGAAGGUUUUGAAGUCAAAGAAUCUGCUUAAAGAGGGCAAGAAUUAUGCUUGGCUUCUUACUCUAAAUGAAAACACUUUCUACAAGAAUUAUGUUGUUAAGCAUUCAGAUAGCAUACCAGGCUUAAUGGAGUUAUACCGUGGUAUCACUAUGGCAAAGGAUAAAGAUAGUUGAUGGCAAUAUGCAUUGCAAUAAGGACCCCCACACCUUUGGCAAGAAUAUAGGAUGAAAUGAAAAUGAUUUUUCCAACACUCUGGAGAAUGGAAGAAGAUGUGUCCUCAAUGUCAGGACUGGUCCUUCUUUAUAGGCUUCUGUUGUUGCUAAUACCACUGGACUUUUAUGAGAUAAAGAUUACUGUCACAGAAAGCCAUCUGUGCUUCAUGUGUUGAUUAUCACAGUCGAGUGCAAAAUGUUGGAAGUUGAAACUGCUAUGUCAUGGCCGGGCAUUUCUAAAUACAGAAGUAGUAUAUUUCAGGAAUAUGAUAAAAACAAACAUAAAUGAGAGGAAUGGUAAAUUUCAUUCUAUGAUGUCCUUUGAUGCCUUGACAUAUGUAAUAAAUUGACCUCCGUAUUGUCCUUAUCAUUGUUUCCUCUCUGGAGAUGGUUUCUGUUUUAGAGCAUCAGCAAUUUUCUCGAUUGUUUGCUACUGAUUAACAUGAGUUCCAUAACCUCCUGAUGUUGGCAAUAAGUGUAAUUUGUUUACUCAAUUUUCCACUGUUG